GCAAGCUUGACUUCCGCUAUCAAGUUGCUACUCGAAAAAGCAUGUAAACAACUCAAUUUUCUUCAUUAUUUUCACAGUCAUGCGGAUUAUUUGAAUUAAAGAGCCUUUUUUGUACUGACCAUGGGGACAUUGGUCGAGACAGACAUCGAUCAAUUUAUACGAGCGAACAAGCACAAACUUGAGGAAGAAAAAGCUGAACUUAAUCAUUAUCCUGACCAGCGACACGUCGAUCGGGGUGGUCAGAAUGUCUCCCCUGGGGGCAGACGACAGUGGGACAAAAAUCAGGGACGCCCUCCAAGGCCUGCGGAGGAGCCGCGCCCAGCUCCGCAGCAGGAGACAGGCUUGGCCUUUGGCAAUGACAACCAGGCGAAGAGGAAACAGCAGCUGAAUGCCGAGCGCCAAAAGGAAUACAAUGAGAUGUUGGCUAAGGGUGGAAAAAAGCAACUCAGGAGACCUCGCACCCCUUCCAACGAGGGUUUACCUCUCGGUCAAUAUGACAAUAAACGGAAAGCCCUCGAGAAGGAACGAAACGAUGAAAUGAGACAAGCUAUGGCUUCUAAGUCUAAGCCAGGGGCUAAGGUGUUUGAUUACACCGAAGUGGAAAAGGAACACAUGGCAGAAAAACGGAGAGAGUACAAUGAAUACCUACUCAAGAAACAGGGUCAGCACUCUAGGCACAUAAUUACACCUGAACGAGGCAUGUUUGUGGGGGCCGACCAAACGGAUAGAGACAAACAGGCUCGUGAGAAAAUGCUCGCGUAUAAACAAGAGUUGGAACAGCAACAACAACAACAGUUGUUGUAUAAAGCCAGGCAAUUGGCACACAUUCCAGACCAGAGUUCAAGAACCAAUCAGAUCAUAAAGCAGUCUGGUCCGCCACCAAGGUCACUUCAAGGUCAAGGUUAUACAGGGGAUGAGAGAGUCAAGGACAUGCCAAAAGACAGCACCAGGAGAAUUGAGGCAGAACAUGGUGGGCAGUCCAAAAGACCUCCCAUUUUUGCAGAAAAUGGCCCAAAUUACAAUCAUGACGAUGGUGAAAGGGUAUUUUAUAAAAGAGAGGAACAGAGGGGUAGAGAGAGGGAGAGAGAUGAAAGGGUAGGUCACAGAGAGAGGGAUGGAGAGAAUUAUCAGAGGCACAAUGAGAGGAGACACUUCCCACCGCAAGAAGUCAUGAGGUCAAGGUCACUGUCGCCACCACUGAGGGAUAGAGGUAGAAGGUCACCACAGGGUGAAAGGUCACAGAGAUAUCUGGAGGAUCUUGAGAAGCGUCAACAGGUGCUUCAGGAGGAAUACCGUCGGCAGUUGGCCGAGGAGCAGAGACUGUCAGCAGCGCAACAAGAGACAGGGCUGCCUCUUGGUGUUGACGGGGCCCGCGCUAAAUUGGAGGAAGAGAGGAAACGAGAAUACAACCAGUACCUUGCUGCAAAGAAUGCCGGUCCCCAAGGUCUGCGAAUUAAAGAGCCUACCCCAGAACAUCUACGUCUGGGGCUGCCUCUCGACCAGCAACGCUACAACUGGAAAAAACACCAACUGGAGACUGAGCGGCAGCGCGAGUAUAAUGAGUUCAUUCAGAAGCAUCCAGCCACAGACCGAUCUCGUGCCUCAGAAGUUUUGGAGGGAAAAGGUGCUACACUCAAUGUCGGGGAAUAUGAUGACAAUCGCCGACGACAUCUCGAGGAAGAAAGACAUCAAGAAUAUGUGCAACAACAGCAACAGAAACAGCUGUCAGACCGAAGUAGAGGUUUGCCCCCCAAGCCAGCCACCCCGAACCACUUUUUCAACAACAUGGGCCAGCAUGACCGACAGGCACAAGUACUUCAGGAAGAACGCAAGAAGGAAUAUAACCAGAAAUUGCGUGAGGGAGAAUUACGGACAGGUGCACGGCGAGCAGGAGCCCAACCUGACUCAUUUGCUGCAGGGCUACAAAUCUCUGGAAAGGACUCUGCAGAGAUUCGGAAGAUAAAGGCACGAAAUGAGGAGUAUAAUGAGUAUAUGAGGGAAAAAACAGAGCGAGAUCGUCACAGAUUCGAUGACAAGAAACCAGCAACCCAAGCAUCAGGGAGAAGACCAUCACCGCCAAGGGGCAAUAACCCAAAGGAAUUUGCAACACUGCCAGGGUUACACUACACUGAUUCUGCUGAGAAAAGGAAAAUGGCUGACAGAAAUAGAGAGUACAAUGACUUCUUGAAACAAAAAGAUCAAAGGAAAAGAAGAUUUUCAACACCGACUUAUGAGGAGAUUCUAGAUCAGAAACGCCGGGAGGAGGAACUUGCAAGACAGGAGCAGGGAGGCAACCUUCGACGCUACGCCAGCGAAGGAAACAUUAACAAAUUCGAGAAUGAGAUGCGUGAUCGGGAACUGAAUAAAGAGUUUGAAGCAAGGAAAGUUCGGUUUGGCGACGAGCGAAAGCUUCCCUCGGGAAUUCUCGAUGACGACAAUUGGCUGCAUCCAGACCAUCGGGAAGAAGAAUAUCACCAGCUGGUGGAGCCACCACCUCGCCCACAGCCAGAAAUGGCGACCAGUGUACAACCAAAAUUCAUGGGAGGGCUCAAUGUCGGUGCUACACCGGCAGGUCUCGGGGGGAACGAUGAGCGAGAUAGUGCCAAACGCCGUCGGCAGGCAGAGUACCGCCGAGAACUGCAGUUUCAGAUGGAGGAAACACAGGCCAGGAAAAAACGUGAGAAGGUCCAGGAUUUACGUGUAAAUGCCUCGGGUCUACUAGACCCAGAGAAGACAUCCAAUCGUAUCCGGGGCCUGGAGGGCGUGCCAGGCGCCAGCCCUAGACGGGAGUAUAAAGCCAAAGAGGUGCAGCCAUAUCACACACGGUUCCUGCUGGAUGACAGGGGAGAUUUUGAUGCCCUUGGUCGGUCCCGAGGGUCGGGCGGCUCCUACCAACAACCGCCAACUACCUCCUCCCACCUUGCCUCCUACCAGGGGGUGGGGUUAGGGACAGGAGGCUUGGGUGGUCUUGGGCUUGGAAGUGGUGGCCUGGAUGAAGGCGGAGCCUAUUUAGACCCUGUACGCAGUGCUCCGCCUCUUAGAGGCAUUCUGACCCAUGCAGACAGAGAUGGUAGGGGUGGUACCCCUGAGAGUGCGGACUUUGGUGAAAACCUUCAGCUUGACUUGGGUGGUGGAGGGGGUCGCGAGAGAGGGAGGAGACGAGAGAGGGACAACCCCCUCUCAAUGGACCCGGGAUUCAUGGGGCUCCUAGAGUCACGCAGGCCCAUGGGAAUAGCCGCCCCACCACCGGGGCUCAUGUACCAGCCCUCGACAUAUGUGACAGGGGGAGGUGGUGGUCUUGGAGGGCUAGGCAGUGUUGACGAGGCCUACAACUACUAUGCCAUGAAGAAUCCGCUAGAAGACCUCAAUGGUGGCGGAGGAGGAUAUGUGCCCAGCCUGAACCUAGGUGGAGGGGGUCAGGAUUAUGGGAGGGCAGAUUAUGGUGGAAGGUCACCCAUGGGACAAAGAGUCACAUUUGCUGAUGACCCCCCUACAAACCGGCAACGAGACAGAAGCAAGGAAAGGAUAUCCCCGUACCAUUUCGCGAGUGAACAAGAACAAAAGACCAGCGCCAGACGGGACACAGAAAGCUAUGGGGCAGAACUCGCACGACAGAUUGAAGAGAAAAGGAGGCAGAAAGCAAUGGAAAAGGCGGAACAAAGGCGAUAUGACCAGAAACUUGAGGACGAAAUAAAGAACUACAACCCAUUUGGGCGAGGUGGAGGUGGAGCACCCAUCAGGGAUGAGGGCGGAAACGCUAUAGCUGAUCUCCGAGCAGUACAACGAGGUACCUAUCAGUCCCCGCGAAGUUCGAGAAGGGCCUCUCCCCAAAGUUUCUCCCCUCGUCCCCCUUCACCACGCGAUGACAAGAUCAAACCCCCACCCGCACAACAGACGGCCCAAGGGGAGUCAACUUAUGCAAGGGGUGGACAUGGUAUCUUUGGCAUGCCCAAGACUGAUGCCGAAAAAGAUGCCUCGGACAAAUACAAAGAUGAACUCAGAGAUCAGAUAGCAGAGAAGCGUCGUCUCCAGCAGAUGGAGAAAGAGCGUGAGCGUAUGGAAGAGGAGCGCGAAAACAAACGUCUGGAGGAUCAGAGACUGAGGAUGCAGAGCGAGUAUGAAGAGGAACAGAAGAAGAUACGCGCUCGGGAAGAAGAGGCCCGUCGUAAAAAUGAGGAGUUGAAGCUUGCAGCAGAGGAGAGAAAGAAAGAAGCACAGAGAAAGAAUCGGGAACAGGAUGAUGCGAAAAUGAAGCAACAGCAGGAGGAUAUGGAGCGGGAGAAACGGGAACGGGAACAGCGAGAAAAUGAGGCCAGUGAACGGCUGAAAUCUCCCCCAGUGCCUGCUAUGAAGGCAAAGACUAACCCCGAGGAACGCGGCCGGUCGCCCCCACUACCCGCGCAUAGACAAGCCAGAGAUUCGCCGUCUGCAGUUUCGGUAAAAUCUCAACGCUCCCAGCCCUCCCCGGCACCUGGCCCCUCAAACAGACCUCCAAGUUCUGAUGUUCUUACACAAUUGGCGUCAAUGCGAAAACAGUUACAGAGUGAAAGACGGCGUGUAGAAAAUGCUCUAGAGAACAGCAAGAACGAGCCAGAUGUGUUUGAUCCCAGGACAAUACAGCGACCUCCACCUACUACCACUGAGUACAUUGAGAGAAAUAAGGUGAUAUUUGAGAAUGCUGUAAACAAGAAUGCAUCCCUGCCCCCACCACGACCCUCCACAGACACAGUCAAUGCCAGGAACAUCCAACAGUUCAAUGAACUCAAGUACAAAACCGACACUGAGUCACGUCGUGCGUUACGUAGCAUGUUCCCAGAGGCCCCAGUCACCAACAACACACUGGAGACUCAGCAGGAAGCCAUGUUGAGACAGCAAGAGGAGCAGCUUAGGAGCCUCAGGGAGAGAAUUUUAACAGAAAAAGAGAGAAAGUUACUGAAAGAUGACAGUAUAUUCAGUGAUGAUUCAUAUGAGCCUAAGAUUCCGUAUAUCAUCAGAGAUGGCUAUGACCCGACACCAUCGAAUAUGAGUUAUGGUCGGAAAGGCAAUGUGUCCGCUAGGUCACAGCUAGCGUCCAACAGUGCAUUUAUAGAUGUGGACAACAUCAACCAUUUCCCAGAGGAUUUCGAAGACAUGACCGGGGCGAGAAAUGACACGGCCCGGGCCAGACGCAGGGAGAGAUUUAGCCCACGGCCUAGUAGCAUAAAUGGAAUGGGAUCCCAGGCUAGUCUGGACGUGGACCGAAUACAGCUGAAGAAUGAGGAUCGUCUCCGACGUCUUCACCAGAUGUCUUCCCAUCCAGGAGAUGAUAUCUCCAUGGCCGACCCAGACGACAUUCUGGACAGGUUCAUGGCCAAACAGAGAUAUAACAGGAGAUCUGUGUGUUCGCUGUGUGAACCUAUCAUAGAAGAAGAGUGACCGCCUUCAGGACAGACACUUCAGGAUGACACGUGGAUGAGGCCGGGUAGCAAGGUUGUGUAGACACGUGUUGCAGCAGGGUCGUGUAGCGGGAUGUGUCGUUUCAGUAUCUACGAAUCUAUAGUAGAAUGUAGUUCAUCACAUCGCCUCCGAAGCGCAUUCAGAACCAGUCAUUCUAGAAGCUUGCUUGCGAGACUCCUUCGCAUCUCCACACUGGAAUCAAUUCUCUUCUAGGAGUUAUCAGUGUACUGAAUCAUGCUGCGAAAAAUUCUUCGUUUAUUUAGCAGAGCUUUUGUCAUGGUGCCGAUACGACAAAAGAACUCUGCUGUUUAGGCUUAUAAGAAAUUAUGGGACCGACAUUUCAGUUAGAAUUUUCUUUUGAUAUGUUAAAAAUAAAGUUUGAUGCAGAAAAAAACAACUUAACUAAUUGUUGCAUUUUUAUGCUCUUGCUGUUUCAAUGAAAUGGCAUUUUCAAAAUGGCCGACGUUUUUUUUUAUGGCUGAUCUUUUAUUUGUAUAAUGCUUUUAUGUAAAAAAAAACUAUUGAUUUAACUGUUUUGAAUGUUUAUAAAUGUACUAUCAUUCUAGAUGUAGAUAUGUAUGAAUCUUUGCAAGCUCUGUUGUGCUAAUAUGUGAAUAUGCCAUUCCAAAUGCUUCUUAACUGUAAAUUUAUUUAUUUUCAUUGUUUGAAAUAUAUGUACAUAGAUGUAAUUAUCAUUUAAAAAAAUAGGUAUUUAUUUAUGACAAACAUUGGCUGAUUGUUAAGAACUUUGUUAAUAUAAGAAUGUGGUAUACAAAUUGUUUUUUUUACAUUCAAACAUGAACUACUGGAUUAUGUGCUCAAAUAUUUGAAUAUAAAAGUACAGCAAAAAAAAGCUGUCUCAAAUCUGGAUAGAAAUACGUUAGGUCACAAGAGUAUCAAUUUAACUUCCAGAGCAGUAACAAUUUGAAAGUUAACAAUGAUAACUUUAACAAUGUUGUUAACUGUAACAAAGUUCUGAACAAUCAGCCCAUUAUAUGUAUUGAAUCUUCAAAGUUUCUGUGAUAUCGUCCUCAUAUCAAGCCAGUCAUAUUUUUACGCCGUGGGUCUGGGUUGCCCUUCAAAAAUCUCCAACAAGAAUUGUAUCAGUUAUACGAUUGUCUUCCCAUAACAUAAACAAAGAGAGAAUUUAAGACUGGCAUUUAAUUUCAGCAUGGAAAUAUAAGCAGUCUGUCAUGUUCAUACCAAAGCUUAUUAUGAGGAAAGACAUCACCUUUUGUGAUAGAUAUAGUUUCGGUUUCAUAAUAUAUCUAUUUAUUAAGGGUAUUAUCUGUUUGAUUUGUAGAUUUCAUAACUAGUUAAUCCUUUUGCCAUAAGUCUAACCAUUUUAUUUAGUUUGUUCCCAAGUCCAUUUAGGAGUAAAUACUAAAAAAAAAUGUUUCCUCACUUAUUUAAAAGCAAAGAAUUUCUUGACCGUUUUAUGAACAAAUAUACACCAAAUAUCGUAAAAUGAAGAAAUUUAGUUAAAGAUUAUACUACUAAGCCUAAGGUAAUAAUUAAAAUUGAAAGAGUUAUUUGCAACUUGAAACUAGUUGUUUCUUAUACGACCAAUAAAACAUUUAUUUGGAAAUAGAUACAAUUUUUACUUAAAAUUACCACUUUCAAAAAGUGAUCCUACAAAACAAUUGUAUAUUAGAGGGUCCGACCCUUAACCUAAAAUCACCUAGAUUAAUCACUUUUUAUCCAAAAUUAUUAUCAUUUGUUCCUCCAAGACUCUGUUAAAGGUGUUAAAAGUGCCUUGAAUGCUGUUAAGUGUUUUGUGUACUUCUAACAAGUUUUGUUUUGUCUGCAAUGUGGAUGUGUUCACCUCGAUAUUUUCCGUCCAAUUGGACUCCAUUACGAGUCGACCGCCCAGAAUGCUUUGUUGUAUAAAGUGGUACAUGUAUAACUGAUUGAAACUGUUUCGAUUAUUGCCUUAGAUUACUGUUCAUAAUGAGAAGAGUUAUAUUUGUUUUAGCAUGCAUCAUUCUUUAAUUACUUUAUUACUAUUCCUUGAUGUCUGUUGUUUAGUCUAGACUGUGGACAGUUAUUUAAUCUUCACAAGCACCACUUGUACACAGCAAGUUGUUUAUUUCAGUCAUAUAAUUGUGAUAUUGACAAUGUCAACAGUAAAAAAUUAAUAAAAUUUCUAGUGAUA